AUGAGCGGUGGCGGCGGCGGGGAGAGCCCCAACAAUACGGACUGGCGUUUGAACCAGACGCUAUGCAAUGUGCAAGGAAUGCUUGAGGGGCGCAGCUUUCCUGGGAAAGUAUUGAUAACCCAACAAUCGGAGCCUCUUCCGCCUCCUGAUUAUUCCUCACAUUUUGAUUGUGAUGAAGAUGAGCAUAAUGAAGGUUCACAGGAGGGAGAAGGUCAAUCACCUGGGAACUCGACUGAUAACACAAGUGAAAAUAAAUCAAAUGUUCCAUCAGCAAGUAUCACAAAUUCAUUACCAGUUGCCCAAGGAGUAGUUUUUGGGGCUAGGGCUACGGAUUCUGCAAGAAUUACUAAAUUCACGAAGGAACUCUCUAGGCCUGCUGUUAUAUUAGACAAAUUAUGUGAAGUAUCUUGGAGCGGUGUGCCCCCAUAUAUGCGACCUAACAUAUGGAGGCUUCUUUUGGGGUACUCACCACCUAAUAAAGAUAGACGAGAUGGUGUUCUAACAAUGAAAAGGCAUGAGUAUGUAGAAUAUGUUUCUCAAUACUAUGAUAUCCCAGACAGUGAGCGUGCAGAUGAAGAGAUUAAUAUGCUUCACCAGAUUUCCGUUGAUUGCCCAAGAACUGUACCUGAUGUUACCUUUUUCCAGAACCCGCAAAUUCAGAAAUCUCUGGAACGCAUUCUAUAUACAUGGUCCAUCCGUCACCCAGCAAGUGGCUAUGUCCAAGGAAUAAAUGACCUUGUUACGCCAUUCUUAUACGUCUUCUUAUCAGAGCACCUCGAGGGCAACAUAGACACAUGGUCCAUGGACAAUCUUUUACCACAGGACAUUUCUAACAUUGAAGCAGACUGCUAUUGGUGUCUUUCAAAGUUUCUUGAUGGAAUGCAGGAUCAUUAUACAUUUGCGCAACCAGGAAUUCAAUGCCUUGUUUUCAGAUUGAAGGAACUAGUUCGUCGUAUAGACGAACCUUUAUCAAAGCAAAUUGAAGAACAAGGACUGGAGUUUCUUCAAUUUUCCUUCCGUUGGUUCAGCUGCCUUUUGAUUCGGGAGGUUUGUGUUGCAACAUUUGAUUUUGUACUUCAUGUACACAUUAAAACAAAAUUGCUAACCUGCCACAUAACCUUGCAACACUUGAUUCCUCCUCCUCAGUGGUCGGACAAGCUGCAGAAACUGGAUUUCCAAGAGAUGGUGAUGUUCCUGCAGCGCCUUCCGACCAGUACCUGGGCGCACCACGAGCUCGAGAUGGUCCUCUCCCGGGCUUACAUGUGGCACACGAUGUUCAAAAGCGCUCCCAGUCAUCUCACUAGCUAAGACUUUACAUCGUGCCUGGGAAGCAAUUGAGGAAUCAUAAUCUUUGGUGAAAUUUAAGAUGAAUGGUAGGCAGCAAAUUUGACACCCACCUCCAUUGUGUUGUCUGCCACUUCAGUGCCACUCUAGAUCUCUUCCCUCCACUCCAUGUUCUGUGAAAUGCAGUGGGUCUUGUUAUUAUGGUUAUAAGGGCCUCUCCAACCUUUGCUCUGGACCCAUGUGGAUUGCUAGUCACAUUGUGCAAGCAGGUUGGUAAGAGCAGAAACACGAGAACAAGCCAGUGCGCUGGUUCGAUCCUUUUCUUUUCUUUCAUAAACAUGACUUUUCUUGUGUU